AUGUCCGCCGCAACCUCUUCCCCCACCAAGUCGCGCUUCCUCUUCGCGAUCCCGACGCGCACCGAGCUCAAUGCCUGCUGGGAGCUCGGGCGACUCUCGAAUGGCAUGGGAUGCUGGGUCUGUUGGUUCCCGCUCGCCUUCUCGAUGGCGAUGGCGUACCACGCGAUGCCAGACCUCCCGGGCUGGUACGCAGCUUACCGCGGUAUCCUUUUCAUCGCGCUCUGCUGCGGCGUCAAGUGCUUGAUCAUGACCAUUGACGACAUCCUCGACGCCGAUGUGGACGCGCUCGUUGAGCGCACCAAGAACCGGGUCCUCCCUCGCGGCGACAUCUCCAUGGCGCGGGCCUGGUUCUUCUUCGCCAUCCAGUGCGUCGUCGGCGCCGGCCUCGCGUAUGCGAUUCUCAAGCCGUACACGCUAUACAUCUCGAUGCUCGUCUGGCCGUUGUUCGUGAUCUACCCGACGUGCAAGCGCUGGAUGUCCUUCGCGCCCCUCCCCCUCGCGAUCAUGUUCAAUAUCGGCGCACUCAUGGGCUGGUCUGACCUCGCGCCCGGUAACGGCAGCCUGCACUACGUCCUCGGCGAGGGCUCCCCCGCUGCCGGCCGUAUCCCCUUCGACAUCCUCCUCCCCCUCUUCUUUGGCUGCUGCUGCUGGACCGUCACCUUUGAGACCGUCUACCAACACCAGGACAAGGCGGACGACGUCGCCAUCGGUCUCCGCUCCCUCGCCAUCUUCUGCGGGAAGGCGACCGUCGCCGUGUGCGCGUUGACCACGCUGGGCUUCGGCGGCUUGCUCGGUUGGGCUUUCUGGCUGAACGGGCAAGGUAUCGCCGCCUUCGUUGGUCUCGCCCUUGGCACGCUCCGCCUACUCAACGGCUUGCGCACGGUCGAUAUUGACUACCCGCGGUCGUGCCUCCAGUUCUUCCUCCUCACGCCGGGCGUCGGCGUCCUCGUCCUGCUCGGCCUCAUCGCCGACGGCCUGCUUUGGCGCUGGCAGGCAGGCAUCCCGCUGUAA